AAUAACAAUCAGCAAGAUUUCCUGAACACUUUUCAAAGAAGCGGAAUUUCAAAAUAUUUACAGAAGCUUCAUAUCGACAGUCUUAUUUUUCUUCGAGAUUUCCAAGGGACAUUACACAUCAGAAGGACGCUUUUUUUUGGCGUUUGUUUAUUUCUCUCCAACAACAUACUUGACCCGCGAUCGCAAGUGGUGGGACAGGGAAGCAUGUUGAACGACAUGGAUUUGAGCUCGCAGCAUUAUUUUUAUUAUUCAUUUGACGACGUCUGCGGCUCUCCUCCUGACAUUGAGUCCAUUGGGCCAAUGGAAAACCAGGACACGUGCUUGGCUGCUGAAACACAGUCGCCCGUUCAUCACAGUCAAGAUGGUGCAGCGGCAGACAUAAAAGUUGAAGCGUCUGACUCGGAUUUCUCAUUUGAUCCGAGCGAAGUCACCGAAGGUGGAUUCGGUCCUUCCUUCGACUACUCCGGCAGUUUCUACGUGGAAACGUCUAACGCGGCAGCGUGUAGCGCGGAUAUGCUGCUCAACAUGAUCACAGAAAUAGUUGGGAUUUCUACUCUGCCGAUCUCUGAAAUGCAGUGCUCGCCAGAGUCUGCAUAUUCCUCCCCUUCAUCCGUGGACGCGGGGUUUCAAAGCCAAGGGUCCAACUGCUCUUCUCCAGCACUGAGCUCGCCUGAAGAGAGUUGCCAUGGUUUCCCCGAGGUUCAGAUGAGCGUCCAUGAUUCGGCGCCGGCCCAGACUAACUUCGGUACCUCUGCGAUGGACCAGACAACAACAACAGCCCCUGGGACGGUGACGUUUCCAGUGGUCGUCAAGAAUGAGUUUGAAAGCCAUUGUGAGUGGGACUCCUUCAAUAAAUGCGAUUCUUAUUUGGCCUCAGAUCUGGUGUCAGAAAUUUUUAAAAUGGACUGCUCCACCGAGCAGCAAAUUGAUAUGAAGGAUGUUAUUGACUCGCUCGCUUCUAUCUGUUCGACCUCCGAAACCGCGUGCAAGUUAGACGGAGCGAUUAAGCAAGAGCAGUGCUUCGCCAACAACUGUGCCCAGAGUAUUCAAUUCCCUUCUUUCAGAAGCCACCAGACACCAUCCUUGGACAUUGCAAGUCAUACUAACGGUGUGUUCAAAUCGGAUGUUUUGGACCUCCCCUGUAUCCCAAUCGAGACUUUGACAAAUCAGUGCGAUUUAGCUUACACCUCGACGACACUAUCCAGCACAAUAGACUCUCUGCUUUAUUCGACUCUUUUGCCGGAAAGUUUUGCAAGGGAUAGCGCACCUGUGGAGAAACAACCCCGCGCCAGAAAAGCUCCAAUCAACGGGCAAGUCAAGGUGAAACCCUUUCCGUGCCCAGUGGAUAACUGUGAGAGGCGCUUCACGCGGUCAGAUGAGCUCAACCGUCAUAUUCGCAUUCACACCGGGCACAAGCCCUUCCAGUGCCGCAUCUGUCUGCGAAGUUUCAGUCGCAGUGACCACCUGACGACCCACACCAGGACCCACACCGGAGAAAAGCCGUUUUCUUGCGACGUCUGCGGCAGAAGGUUUGCGAGGAGCGACGAGAGGAAAAGGCACGGGCGCGUGCAUCUCAAACAGAGAGAGAAGAUGGAGCUUAGGGCUCAGAUAAUAGCCGCUCCUAUGUGCCCCUUCACUUUCCCUAAAGGAAUCUGAACACUAGCCUACAAGUUAUUGUGCGUUUGGCGCUCUCUCUUCCUGAAAAUGGAAGAUUGUUUAUAGUAACAGUUCACCGCUGUUAGCAAAUCUUAACGUUUCAGCGUUCGCGAUCCAACGAGUUGACAGCUCAGAGCGUUUGCGAUUCAACGAGUUGACAGCUCUAAGAUCUCGGAGUAACUGUCAAGAGAACUGUACGCUUUCAGUGUGAGAUGGUUAUGUAAACGGUAAUAUUCUGAAGAAGACCGAGUAGAGAAGGACGUUUUUUUCAUUUUCUUGCCAGCAGAUGCUUAUAGAAUUACUCAUGAACCCUAAGACUGAAUACGUGAAGACGGAAAAUAUUAAUUUCCUACAAAAACCUUAUAAAACAGAUCCAACCAACCUCUGAAACUGCAACAGUAACCAUAACAGCAAGAGCUACGUCAGAGUUCAGAACUAAUUUCUCUGAACAGCUCCAACCUCAUCGCAGUGGGAGAAAACCUGUGAACUCAGAUGACGUCUUAUAAAUCUUUGACUUUAUCUUGUACUUUUGACGCUUUAUAGGUGGAGAUCAUUUCCAGAGAAUAUUUUUUAUUCAUAGAAAUGUUCCUGAAAAAACAUUGUCGAAAACUUGCAUCGCGAGGUCAGAGAACGGAAGAGAUUCUUUUGUACAACAUUCAUGUAAAAUACAUAUUUUCCUCUCGUAGGAAGUAUAUUUUAUUAUUUUUUUAACGACACUAUUUGCUUCUCUACUGAAUUAUGCUGUUGAAUGGUAUUUGUGGUCUAUUUGAUCACUUAAGUGAUAUGAAUGAAAUGUGAAACCCGCAGACCCGGACCCAAGUAAAUAUAUUGGUAUGCGUUCUUAACACUGCACUUUUACAAUCGUGAAACCUUUUUUUUGUGCCCGCAGAUUUUUUUCCUUGAAAUUGGGUAUUUUUGCCAAAUUUAUUCUGUGGGAAGAUACCAUCCAAACGGCUGGAUAAAAUUGUACAAAAGUAACAAUCUUAUCUUCCUAAGCACGUAAUUAAUUUAUCUUGAGAAAGGUGUAAUGUAAGAUGACAUUUGUCAAAGAAAACCGUAACUUUCUGUUUGACAAUAAGAACGCAAAAGGAAACAGACUCGUAUAUGAAUAUGAGAGCUUUGAAAGCUUGUGCUUAAUCAGAGUUAGUUCAAAAUGUACUGCCUUGUUGUGGUAAUGUGUUCAAGUACCUAGUGCUUCUUCAUAUUUUGAUGAAAUCAAGGUUAUAGUUCUGAAUUAAAUGCACUAUCAAUAUAUUAGGGGUCAUGGGUCAAGGGUCAUAGGGGCUGCAGUUUAGGUUUUGACAAGAGCAAAACCCUUGUGAGUAAAACACUACAAUAUUGUAGUUGAGUAAUCCAGUAGCGCACAUUGCUGCAAUAUUCUGUACAUUCAUGUAUGGUUGUAUAUAAAAUGAAAGACAAGACAGAAGAAAUGCUUUAAAAAAACUGUUUGUUGAAAAGAAAAAUAUACAUUGUCCUGUACUGUCAAGGUACACCAAAAUGUAAAUUAAACUUGCCUUAAGUUAAAUUAACUGAUAUGGAAUUGUAAAUAUGUGAAAAUGUUUCUAUGAUAUGCUGUCAUGUUGUUAUUUUUACGAUUAAUGUUUAUGAAUAAAAUUAUGAACUUUACUGAA